AUGUGUGGGAUUUUCUUCUCUCUAAGCGCUUCACGAGCUGUGCUUCCGAACGAGGAAACUUCUCGCUUAUUGCGGCAACGAGGCCCGGACAACUACCAUGUUCAUAAUGUUGAACGAAAGGUGACCAAUGCACGGUCUAGCAAUGAGGAGCCCAUUGCUAUUCACCUAACCUUUGUUUCCACAGUCCUGUCGAUGAGGGGUGAUGUCCUUGUUCCUCAGCCGCUAGUGGAUCCUGCAACCCAGUCCGUGUUAUGCUUCAAUGGAGACGCCUGGAAGAUAGCAGGUGAACCGAUCCAGGGCAACGAUGCGGAGCUGAUCUUCAAGCUGUUACUGCAGGCUGUAAACCCCAAUUCGAAUACAAGUUUGUCAGCGGACACUUGUACGAAUGCUGUCCAGGGUGUCCUGGACGUUAUCAGUAGCAUAUCCGGCCCCUUUGCCUUUGUGUUCUAUGAUGCGGUCAAUUCGAAGCUUUUCUUCACCAGGGACUCUCUUGGAAGACGCUCUCUACUCCAAGGUGUCGAUGAGGCCGGGACUCUCAAGAUAUGCAGUCUCUGCGAUGGCACGUCUUCUACCCACUUCAGUGAGGUCGAGACCGAUGGAGUAUAUAUGGUUGACUUAGAAAAUGCUAUUUUCCAGGACGACUCGGCUUCGACCAGUGCCGGCACUCCCUCGUUUACUCCGAAUUGCAUACAAACACUAUUCUGGGAUCAGAAACGAUCGGAUUCUUCUCUUCUCCUUAAAACCCCGAUCCUCCCCAUGAAUAGGUCUACACCAGAAGGUGCACCUCCUUCGCUGAAUAUCGAAACCGUUGCCGUCAAAGACCUCGAACAGAAGCUGCGUCAAUCAUUGGCACUACGUAUCCAGAACGUGCGCGAGCCACCCACUACAUCUUCGGGGAGCAAUGUGAAAGUUGCUGUACUGUUUUCAGGAGGUCUUGAUUGCACCUUACUUGCUAGGCUCUCCCAUGAGAUCCUCCCAGAGAGUGAGGUCAUCGACUUACUCAACGUUGCGUUCGAAAACCCGCGUGUUGCGGCCGCCGCGGCAAGUAAAGGAGAGACAGCUGUUUCCGUGUAUGAGAACUGCCCCGAUCGUGUCACCGGCCGGGCAGCGUUUGCCGAAUUGCAACGAGUAUGUCCCGGUCGCAACUGGCGGUUCGUUGCAAUAGAUAUUCCAUACGUGGAAACUGUUGCGCAUCGCGAUACUGUCAAACGGUUGAUGCGACCCCACAAUACGGAGAUGGAUUUAUCCAUUGCCUGCGCACUAUAUUUCGCUUCUCGUGGACAAGGUCUGGCGUAUGACAGUCGACAGGGCGCCCAGCCCGCACAAUAUACGACCUCUGCCCGUGUACUCCUGUCUGGCCUUGGUGCCGAUGAGUUGUUUGCAGGAUACUCAAGGCAUGGGAUAGCAUUCUCUCGAAAUGGAUUCGCGGGCCUCAUUGACGAAAUCAAUCUCGAUGUCAGUCGCCUUGGCAAGCGCAACCUCGGUCGUGACAACCGCGUCAUUGCACACUGGGGCCGCGAAGCAAGGUUUCCCUUCCUGGACGAAGAGUUCGUAUCCUGGGUGGUGCAGCUCCCUGUCUGGGAGAAGUGUGGUUUUGGGACCCCUUCGCCGGCAGAAGACUCACCAGAGGCAGGGCUUGAGUCGGAGAAGAAGGCCCUCCGUCUAGUUGCUCUGAGGCUCGGCAUGACGAACGUGGCUCGGGAAAAGAAGCGCGCAAUCCAGUUCGGAUCCCGAACGGCCAAGAUGGAGAAAAGCAAAGUAAAAGGGACCGACGCACUCACCUGA